CAAAUCUUUCGCGUGCUCUCUCGACAGGGAGGCAGCUGACCGCCCGUGAUUGGCGGAUGCAGCGCAGCGCUUUUGUUUUUGUGGGACACGCCUCCGUCGGUUUGAUGCGCACGGGCACGCGGCGAAUGGAGUUGUAAACGGGGCGCGUGCACGUUUCAGCACCAAUACCUCGUGGAGAGCAGCCAAAGGCAGCAGAGAGCGGUCGUGUGUGUCGCUGUACUUUACUGUUAACAAACUGAAGAGUCUGCGGUUUACGGCGCCGUGCGAAGCCGCGAGAUAACGGGACGACUCAACGGGCAUCUCGGAGUCGGCGAGCGGACGUACAAAAAAUCGACAAAGCGCCACAGCUGAGAGCUUUGUCUGCCCCGGCGACAAGUGCUGCGGCUUCAGCUGAAAGAAACAACUUUCUGCGGGUGAAACAAACUCCGUUAUUUUUUUUUUCUCCUUCUCUGAGUCGUUUUGGGUUCAUCCACCUGCACCCGGGAGGACUAGAUGGCUGGAGGCGACGGGAACCGAAGGUGAUAAAGAAGAAUCUUCGUCCCAGCCGGCUCGGGUCCAGACAGCGGUUGAGUCGUGGUGCUUGUUUUUAGCCACAGCACAGCCCGCUCAGCACGCUCGCCGCCGCCGAGGUCUCUCCAUUGUGUGAGCAUCCCACUGCCGCCCGACCCCCGAAUCCCGCGCAGCCUGCCACCGCACACCUGCCGCCCCCACAGCUGCCUCGACUGCACGGAUUUCCCCAUCUGCAACUCCUUCGAUCCGCUCUACGCCCCCACAAAGAAAGAAAAAAAAUGUGCUCCCGGGUAUGGUUCGUGACCGAUCGGCGCAUCAGCCAGGAGUACCCUCAAGUUCAGAUCCUCCGGGCGCUGAAGGAGCGCUGCGCCGACGAGGAUGUGGAAUUCCGCUCUCUCCUCAUGGAUCAGAUCGUGCUGACGAUCAGCGAGGGUCAGCUAGGUCUUCGAGUGGAGCAGGAGCUGGUGACGUCGUACCCGCAGGUGGUGGUGGUGCGGGUGCCCACGCCGUGGGUCCAGUCGGACAGUGACAUCACCGUGCUGCGCCACCUGGAGAAGAUGGGCUGUCGGCUCAUCAACCGGCCUCAGGCCAUACUCAACUGCGUCAACAAGUUCUGGACGUUCCAGGAGCUGGCCGGCCACGGGGUGCCUCUCCCCGACACCUUCUCCUACGGAGGACACGACAACUUCCGGAAGAUGAUUGACGAGGCGGAGCCGCUGGGCUACCCGGUGGUGGUGAAGAACGCACGUGGCCACAGAGGCAAAGCCGUGUUCCUGGCGCGGGACAAGCACCACCUGACAGACCUGUGCCACCUCAUCCGCCACGACACGCCCUACCUCUUCCAGGAGUACGUCAAGGAGUCCCACGGCCGCGACGUGCGGGUGGUCCUGGUGGGCGGCCGCGUCAUCGGCUCCAUGCUGCGGUGCUCCACCGACGGCCGCAUGCAGAGCAACUGCUCGCUGGGUGGCGUCGGGAUGAUGUGCCCGCUGAGCGAGCAGGGCAAGCAGCUGGCCAUCGAGGUGUCCAACAUCCUGGGCAUGGACGUGUGCGGCAUCGACCUGCUGCAGCUGAACGACGGCUCCUUCGUGGUGUGCGAGGCCAACGCCAACGUGGGCUUCAUCGCCUUCGACCAGGCGUGCGGCAUGGACGUGGCGGGCAUCGUGGCCGACUACGCCCUGUCCAUGCUCCCCAGCCGCCUCACCCGCAAGAUGUCGCUGCUGUCGGUGGUGUCGAGCACCAGCGAGACCAGCAGCGAGCCCGAGGUGUGCGCCGUGCCGGCCGGCGGCGGCUCGCUGCCCGAGGCCGUCUGCAACAUGAGCGUGGGCUCCACCUCCAGCGAGAGCGACCCGGAGCUGGCCGAGCCCUCCCAGUCCUCCUCGCCGCGCCAGUCCACGCCGCCCGCCCUGCCCGGCCAGGUGUACAACUUCAACACCCUCCUCGCCAACGAGAUCAAGCUAUUGACUGAGUGAGGCUGAAGCCGCGGCCCCGCCGCGCACGCCGACUACACAAACCCGCUUAUUAAAACACUCACGCACACACACACACACACACAGACACAGGUGUACAGACGGCAACGAGCAUUCCUUUUUAAACACACAUAUCAGUCCAAAAACUAUUAAAACACACGAUGCUACAGUGGCAAAGAAACAUGAGCGGAGAAAAACAGCACACACUAACACACCACUGACAUUCGCCUUCUCCUACUCCAAAAAACAAAACACAAAAAAGCGAUCUGAGGCUGCUCCCCUGACUCUUCUCUCUAUGAAACUCUAUUCCUAAACUAAAAUUUCCACUUUUUAAAUGUAAAAAAAAAAAAAAACACUGGAACAUGCAGGCAAGAGUGGGAUACUUUACAUGAAAUAACUUCCCGUAUGGCCUCUGACUAGUUUCUGAUUUUCAUAUUUGAGGAGGUGAAGGAUUCACUGAGUGCAUAAAAUGGCAAUAUUAUUUCAAAACAAACAAAAAAAAGAUGCAUUUUAUUUAAGGUGUUGUCUGCGUCGUCACGGAUCAGAUCAUCUUUUCAGACUUGGGCGGAGUCUUUUCGAGCUGUAAGGGAGAGGAACACUCGCUCGUGCUCGGCACGUUCUCCUGUCAGUUCCGAUGCGGCAGGCCGGCGGCGUUCCUGUCGAGGACGCAGACGGCGGGCCGCAGACUGUCCUGGAGCAAACUGGGGAUGUACGAUUCUUCUCCCGUCGGGCUUACUGCUUCCCACAACGGCGCACGGCGAGCGGCGAAUCGAAUUGUCACCGCAUAUUAACUACCGUUCAAACCCGUCUCAAAUUAAAGCCCCCGCUUCUGAGUCUGCUCAGCUGCGUCCGGUACCGGAGGCUGACGUUGUGCCACGACGAAUUACUCCUCACGCAGAGCCAAGAACACGGCCCUUAACGACUGAACGUCAUCCCGGUCGCCAGGUUUCGUCUUUAAAUUCAUCCGUACAAGAAACAUAACAACUGGCCCCAAAAUACCGAUUAGCAGUUUUGUUUAAUCAGUCCAUCAUUGUACGACUUCUUCCCUUCCCAGAUGUGUUUCCUUAGCCUUACCAGCAGCAGCAGCAGCUGCUUUUUUUUUUUCUUCUUAAAACACUCCAUUAAAUGCCGAGCACUUUAUAAUAAACAGAUGCAUUUUUUUCCUUUUUCUCUCGCUCAGACGACACACUUAGGAAAGACGAGGUCAAGUGUGAAAGGUGCGUCUGCACCCUGCAAGCAAAAAAAAAAAAAAAACAACAACAAAAAAAAGAAAGAAUAUACCUCAAAACAGUGAUUUCUCACUGCCAUAGGAUCACACAGAUGUUCAGACAAACAGUACAUAUCAGCCCGGGUCCUGGAGGCGCGCCGGGCGCUCCUUCCCUUUAUGUGUAGAAACUCCAAAAAAAAGAUAGGUGUGUAUUUUUGUUCCUUUUUAGAUUUGAUGUAAAUAUCUAGGGUAGCGAAUGACCUCCUCAGCGUUCUGGAGUCCAGCAGGUUAAAACUGGAACGGCUGAAUCGACUGCCAACAUGGACAUUUUUCAUAAGCUGUUGUGGACAAAAGUAGUUUGUACUGACCUGCAAUAUUAACAACUCCGAGACUGAAAUUUGGUGCUAGCAUUUUCUGGAUUUGGCUCCAUGUGAUUUUUUUUUUUUCCAGUCAGACUUCCUUUUAUAGUUCUUUUGUGUUGACAAAAUGCAGAUUCCAUAUCCACAAAUAUGUUGGCAAGAUGUACAAACUAUAUUUUUGCAGUCUUCUAAAAUAGAAUGUCACUUUUUCUUUCCUUUAACUUGGAAAGAAAAAAAAACAAAACAAAAAUCCAGGGAUUUCAGCAGCCAAGACCUUCUUGUUUACAGUUUGACUUUUGGAUUUACCUUCUGUAACGCCAUCCGAAACGAAUAGUCGUAGACAUCGCCAGGUUACCUGCCAGUCAUCGAAAGAUUUUUUUUUUUUUCUUUUUUCUUUUUUUACAGCUCCGAUCAAAAGCACAAGUGUAAAGCUGGAAUUGUCCCACGUAGUGACGGUCAUGUUUUGUAGGCUUGUGACCCUUUCUGUUGAACACAACUCAGGGAAGCAGCCUGGAUCUCAGUCCUGACCCCCUCCAAGCUGGAGACACGUCCAAAAAAAAUAAAAAAAACCAAAAAACCAAAACAUGACACACACCUACAAGCAAACUACAAAAAAUACACACAAACAACAAAGAAAAAAAGGUUGUAAACUACAGUAUGAGACGAAGUGGUGUAUACCAUGGUUAACAUGCACUUUUUUUCCUUGCUUGUUUUUUUUUUUUUUUUAUUGUUCCUUAUUUUCUUCCUAAUUUAUGGUAUUUUUAAAGAGGAAAAGUGGUUUUUUUUGUGCACUAAUAUUGUCUCAAUAAAGUGUAACCGCUGUGAA